AUGCAAGUCGCUGACGAAAUUCUGUUAACGCUGAAAGAUUCCCCCAUCCAGAUCUUUGACCGUACUCGAUUUAAUUGGAUUCUGCCACGGAAAAACCCCGGCUUCGAGCAACUUGUCAACCAGCUGGGUGUGUUAGCGGCAAAAGUAAAUAGAAAAUUGUUUUUAUCCAGUGCUUUCAGAACAAGAACCUUAGGAAACCGUUAACUUCGAUGACAAAAUUUAUUGAUUCGAAUGACGAAAAUCAGAAAAUUUUUAUAAGUUGGGAAAACGGAGAGAAGUGAGUACUCGGUUUUACAAUUUAUUUUCCAUUCCAGUGGAGUAAUCGUGCAUGGGUUUAUAAAAACGUCGAAAAAGAAACUAUAUCUGAGGGAUAAGAACGGCUUGCCUUAUAUCGAGAACCCUGUGUGCUUCAUGGACCAUUUUUUUGUGAAUGGAAACCAGGAAAAAGCCAUUGAAUUGAUCGACUUUAUCCUUCAAGUAAGUGGAAAUCGUUUAAUUAAAUUAUUUAUUAAUAGAAAGAGGAAACAACGAUCACCGAGUGUGCCUUUGACAGUCCCUCAAAAGAUCUCAUAACAAUCUUAGAAUCUCAUUAUGGAUUAAGUUAUCCAGUGCCACAAUCUAUUAACUUCUUGAUUUACGAUUCGUUCUUUGAUGGCUUAAAUUCUGUGGAUCAAUCUCAGAAUGGCUUCUCCAGCAGGGCCGCCAGUUCUCGAGCAUCUCCAACGCCUCUGAGUCAUGUAAAUUCAAUUCUUAGUGUUCUUAAAGCCAGUUUACAUACAUAUUAUGGAUUAUUUUUAGAGAUCGACCGACCAAGUUUCGGAUCUAAUCCAUUCCAAUAUCCGAGCCGAUCCUAUUAAACGAGCAGGACCAGAUACACCGCAAGGAAGGAAGUUUACUCGGGAUUUCGGCCAUCAAUCAAUCUGGUGA